ACUUGACAUGAUGCUUAGUUAGUUGGUCCGUAGAGAAAGACAACGGGAGAAUAACGGGAACUGCUGGCUCGGGUUUGGGGAAUUAACUCAAACGAGAGAGAAAACACGGGGAUACAAUCAGGCUCUCAGAUUCUGCUUCCACUUCCUAGCAUCUGCCGAGGUAUAGGACCAGCCGGUGGAAUACUGGAACGAAAGAAGAGGCAGAGAGACGGGGAGGAAGAUGCUCUCCGCGUUCCUCGUGGACAUCCUGAUCCACCAUUAGCUCAAUUUACACGUCAGCUGGUUAUUUAUUCAUUUUUUUCAAGACUAGACUGAAGAAGUUGACAACGCCCAUCCUUUUCAUUACCUCUUUGCUUGUCUUCUUAACUUACUAAACCUAUUGGCAUCUUGGCAGAACACCAACACUCGCACACACACUUUUGAUAGACCGACAGCCAAUCAUGGCAAACAUGUGCCCAUAUGGCCGAUUUACCCACGCCGUGGUGCGGGGCAUCCCCGAGACCUUUGGGAAAGCAGCGGGAGACGGCCGUGAGAACGGGGAGACCUCGGUGGAGCUGGCCAAAGCUCAGCGUCAGUUUGGUUGCCUGACGGGAGCCCUGAGACAGAAGGUGGGCCUGCAGCUGAUCGAGAUCCCCCCCGACCCCGAGCUGCCGGAGAGCUGGAGGAUAGAGGACGUGGCAGUCAUCCAGGGAGACACGGCACUCAUCACCAGGCCCUUCAAACAGCAGAGACGCAGCGAGGUGGAGGCAGUGAGGAGGGUGGUGUCGGAGCUGAGUCUGACUGUGGUGGAGAUGGGGGCCGAGGAGGGGGAUACUGGAGGGGCCACGCUGGAGGGCAGCGACGUCCUCUUCACAGGAAGGGAGUUCUUUGUCGGCAUCUCGUCCCACACCAACCACAGAGGGGCAGAAGUACUGGCGGACACUUUCAGGGACUUUGCUGUAUCCACCGUCCCCGUCUGUGGUGGCGCCCGACUGAGAAACAUCUGCUCCAUGGGAGGUCCAGACACCAUCAUCAUCAGCAACAGUGAAGGGGCCAAGAAGACACUCCGGAUGAUGGAACAGCUGACCGAUCACCACUAUGAAGUGCUCACUGUUCCAGAGGAUUCAGCAGCAAACUGCAUCUACAUCAAAGGUCCGUCUAAAGUAGACUUCCUGCUGCACCGGCCUGCAGAAGAAUGUCCCGACAGCGUCUCUGCUUUCCAGAAGCUUCAGGACUACACCCUCUUGCCUACAGCUUGCAGUGAGGCAUCCAAACUGGGAGCGUCUCUGUCCUCACUCUGCCUCCUCAUCAACAGAAAGCACACACAUUUCUGAACUCAUUUCCAACCAUUCGCGUGCUACAGCGUGUACAUGUUCACGGUGGGGGGUGGGGACGUCACAUCUUCUAAUGUACAAUUCUUGUCUAUUUAUUUCAAGGGGAACGGUGAUAUCGUAUGAGAAUAUGAUCCAACUGUAACAUCUGCUAACCGACUUAAUUUGGCUUAUUCUUGGUACAACUGCACCCCCUGCUGGGGAAGCAGGCUGGUUUCCUCAAACACUAUCAAUGAAACCACUAAAUUAAACUGUAGCUUCUGCAGAGGGUAAAACUGACCAAACUGAAAUUUGUUCAAAGGUAUGAAGGAAAAAAACCGUACAAUGUAGCCUGGAAUUUAGUGUUCCAGUACGACAGUUGUAAAAAUAAUGGAUCCUAGUAUAAGCCACAUAAGUGGAUGAAGUCUAAAAUUAACAUACCCAUAUAAUGAACAUGAUGGCAAAAUGUACAGUUCACUUGUACUUUCAGACCUGCCCAUUUUGACUGCAUCUUUCCUUUUGUCAUAACACAUUUUAAUAGUUUAAUUGUCGUUUUACUGACACCCACCUAACGUGUGCUGCUAAGAAUAAACCUUUAUAAAAAAAUAAGUUAGCGUUCAUAUGUGAAUUUGUAGCAAGAUGCCAAUAAAAAUUUAACUGACAAA